GCAUUGCCUCGACCCAUAACUACUACUGUGGCCGGACGGUUCGGUUUGUUUGGUGUGAGUUUCGCUUUCUAGGCUUUCGCUGUGAAAUUCCCGCAACGUCUGAAAUAAGCCCCAGACACGAAAAUGUCAGGUCUUGCCUCCCCUAGAUCCCCAGCGGGUUCUGGGGACUUUGAAUAUGACGAGGAAAAUGAUGCGGACUUCGAGGAUUCCCGAGACGAUGACAGGGAAAGUGAUGAAGAUAGUGACCUUGGCAGUGAAGAAAGGGAAACACAAGGCCAAAGAAGAAGAAUAUACUGGCAUUAAAGAGCAAAUGUACCAAGACAAAUUAGCACAGUUGAAGAAACAGCUACAACAACUUCGUGAUAACAGCCAUCCCGAAUAUAAUAAAAAAAUGAAAAAAAUAGAUGCAGCAUAUAAAGAAAGAUUACGACUAAAUGACUUAUGGCGUGAAGUAGAGAUAGAAUGUGUGGAAAGGGACUAUCAAGCUGAAAAAAAACUGGCAUGCAGAGAAUUUGAAGAGAAGAAGAAAGAACUUAAAGAAAAUCUUUUGAUUGAAUUAGAAGACAAAAAGAAAAUAAUUGAACAGGAGAGAUAUACACUUGAAUUAACUGGAGAUUCAAUGGAGUACAAACCUGUUUCAACUCGCAAGCUUCGCAGAAGAGGGAAUGAGCCAGCUCCUAUUGUUGAGAAACGCAGAAAGCCAGUUGCAACUACCUUACAGUUACUGCUGGAUGAAAGAGAAGUGGAUGAAGAUUUGAAACUGAUAAACAAAAGCAAAUUGAUGAGUAUGAAGAAAAGUGCAGUGCCUGUCGCACAGCCUGAGCCAGUGGGCAACGAACCAAAAAUUGAAAAUGGAAAACUUUACUUUGAUCGUAAAUGGUUUCACAAGGGGCAAGCUGUUAUGGUUGAAUGCAAGGAUGGUACAAGAUUUAAUGCAAUUCUUACAGUUGCUGGAGUUGAUAUGAUUAUGGUGCGGAAGGUGCCUGACAAUAUAAGACUCAAAAUCACCUUGGCUCAGCUAGCUCACGGAAAAUACCUAGUUCGCCGACGAAGUUCAUCGUGACCCAAAAACAAUAGAAUUUUUUUAUCUUGGAAAGGCACAGACUAUUGUGUAUAGGUAUGAUGAGCGAUUGGUGGAGAUCUGCAAGUACUAUCUGCUAAAGUAGACAUGAAAUUCGUCAUAUCCAGAACAUUCAAAAGUAUGAAGUUUUGUGCGAGGUGUAUUUCCAGAAAUAAAAGAGUGGUUCCGCAAUGCAAUGAUAGUGAAUGUUCACUUUGUACUUAAUAAUGGUUUACUGUAAUUAGACAUCUACCCAACAGCUUGACUAAUAAUUUGACAGGUAAAGAUUGAAAAAGUGAAGUGCUUAUGGAUAUUGUAAGGAUUGAAAAGUGCAAAUGGAGUAUGUAAUGUCCAGUAUUAAAAAUGGCUCUGCCGCAGAGUUUGAGCUCAUAUUAAAGAUUUUAUGUAUAAGAGUAGUCCUGAAAAUGUCAUGAAGGAAGCAAGUAUGAAGGGUUAAGAAACUAUAGCCACAUUUUCAUACAAGAUUCACUUAUAUUGUAAUGACAUGUGUAAAGAUGUGAAAGAUUAUAUUUUGUUAUUGUAGUAUUAGACCAGCUGAUGUUUUUAAUAUUGUAUUAAGUACUCCAUGUGUUUUGUAUUAAAGUGCUGUACAUG